AUGGCGCGCAGAAACGACAGCCAGCAGGACACAUGGACUUGGACCGAGCAAGACUGGUCAGGAUGGUCAGAAAAAGGAUGGCCACGAUGGUCAGAAACAGAAUGGUCACAAUGGUCACAAGAAGAAUGGUCACAAGGGUCAGCGUGGCAACCGGCGGAUUGGAAGAACGAUGAGGAGGAGGUCGAAACUUCAAGAAGCAGUCGUGCGCAAAUGCCCACGGGGUCGAACUCGAUACCAAAGGCCAGGCCAAAGGCCUCGAUGCCGAAGGCCUCACCAAAGGCCCGGGCGUCGAAGAUGCCACCGAAGGCCUCGAAGCCCAAGGCCUCCACGGUCAAGAAGCAGCGCAGCAAUCGUGGAAAUGCACAGGACCAGAGGGAGUAUUCACGAUGGAAGGAGGACCAUCGUGAACUGCAGGUCCUGCGCUACGAGAAGCAACAAUGGGAAGCAAAGCUUCAAGAGGCUGAAGGUGCGCAGUGGACAGCCGAGAUUGAGGCAGAGUGGUGGGAAAACCAGACGCAGAUGGCCCUGUGCCGAAACGACAGCCUUUUGAAUGACCUCAAGGAGGCGCAGUCCCUGAACAAGACGGCCCACGCGUCGUGUGACGAGUUGAAGAAGAAGCACGAGGGCGAGGUCUCGAGUUUGAAGAGGGAGCACAAGGGUCGCAUAGAGGAUUUCGGCAGGAAGCUCUGCAAGAGGGAGGAUCGGUGCAGAUCCCUGCAGGACGACAAGGACAACCUCGAGAGCAGGAUCACCAUCCUCGAGGUGCAGCAUGGUGAGGAGAAGGCGGGGAUAGGCACCAACCCACUGUGGGUCACUGCAACUGUGGUCGCUCUAGCGGCAGGCCCGGCUGAAGACCAAAAUUCGUGA